UUCGUGUUAACAUCAAAAUGGCUGCGCCCAUGGCCUCGUAUUCUGCGGUAAAACUGGCUCUAAAUCCAGUAAAAACAUGCCACUUGUGGAACUCUGUAUCGGCAAGAAACGUUCUUCCAUCUUUCAACCAGGCAAUCUUUCACAAUGAGAAGAGGAGAUUCUGUGCAGAGAGUAGUCAACCUCUCACCCAGGUCACUCAGGUAGACGGCAUCAGGAAGAUUACUCUUAGCAAUCCUAAAAAGAGGAAUGCUCUUUCACUUGCCAUGCUUAGCAGAGUCACAGAGGAGCUAACUCAAGAUGUUGAUGAUGGCAACCUAAGGGCAAUCAUCAUUGCUUCCCAGGGACCAGUCUAUUCAGCAGGUCAUGACCUCAGGGAAUUGACCACCAGGACAGGUCGUGCCUACCAUACAGAGGUGUUUAAGAAGUGCUCUGAAAUGAUGAUGCUCAUUGAAGAUCUUCCUGUGCCUGUCAUUGCUCAAGUCAAAGGUCUUGCCACUGCAGCUGGAUGCCAACUGGUAGCCAGUUGUGACAUUGCCGUAGCUGCAGAGACAGCUAGAUUUGCUACCCCAGGUAUAUCAGUAGGUCUGUUUUGUUCCACACCUGCUGUUGCUAUGGGCCGAGCAGUCCCUAAGAAGAUUGCGAUGCAGAUGCUCCUUACAGCCGAACCCAUCACUGCUGAAGAGGCUCUGAGACAUGGCUUGAUCAGCAAUGUGGUACCUGAAGAAACAGUGGAAGAAGAAACUAUGAGGAUAGCCCAAAAGAUAUGCGAGUACAGUGGAUCUGUCAUCUCUCUUGGAAAAGCCUGCUUCAACACACAAAUGAAGAUGGACAGAAACUCAGCUUAUGACCAUGCAAGUGAUGUAAUGGUGAACAAUUUAUCUCUGGUGGAAGGGCAGGAGGGAAUUGAUGCAUUCGUCAAUAAAAGGUCACCAGUCUGGAAGCAUGGCUUUGAUAAAGCGCAUGAUUGAGACAUUUCUCCCCUUC